GUGAAAUCUUACAUUUGCUGUGCUGAAAACCCAUCUCUUGCUUAUCAGACAUUUUAAAGUAAAUUUGGGCCAUGCUGUAUUGCAUCGUUGUGAGGUAGGAGUUGCACCCUCGACAAGCAGGCUUCAUGCAUGUGCCUGAAGUGUCGUGCCAGAUUAGCUAUGCAGGCUUUAUGCAUGUGCCUGAAGUGUCGUACCAGAUUAGCUUUGCAGGCUUCAUGCAUGUGCCUGAAGUGUCGUGCCAGAUUAGCUAUGCAGGCUUCAUGCAUGUGCCUGAAGUGUCGUACCAGAUUAGCUAUGCAGGCUUCAUGCAUGUGCCUGAAGUGUCGUACCAGAUUAGCUAUGCAGGCUUUAUGCAUGUGCCUGAAGUGUCGUGCCAGAUUAGCUAUGCAGGCUUUAUGCAUGUGCCUGAAGUGUCGUGCCAGAUUAGCUAUGCAGGCUUCAUGCAUGUGCCUGAAGUGUCGUGCCAGAUUAGCUAUGCAGGCUUUAUGCAUGUGCCUGAAGUGUCGUACCAGAUUAGCUAUGCAGGCUUCAUGCAUGUGCCUGAAGUGUCGUACCAGAUUAGCUAUGCAGGCUUUAUGCAUGUGCCUGAAGUGUCGUACCAGAUUAGCUAUGCAGGCUUUAUGCAUGUGCCUGAAGUGUCGUGCCAGAUUAGCUAUGCAGGCUUUAUGCAUGUGCCUGAAGUGUCGUACCAGAUUAGCUAUGCAGGCUUUAUGCAUGUGCCUGAAGUGUCGUGCCAGAUUAGCUAUGCAGGCUUUAUGCAUGUGCCUGAAGUGUCGUACCAGAUUAGCUAUGCAGGCUUUAUGCAUGUGCCUGAAGUGUCGUGCCAGAUUAGCUAUGCAGGCUUUAUGCAUGUGCCUGAAGUGUCGUGCCAGAUUAGCUAUGCAGGCUUCAUGCAUGUGCCUGAAGUGUCGUACCAGAUUAGCUAUGCAGGCUUUAUGCAUGUGCCUGAAGUGUCGUACCAGAUUAGCUAUGCAGGCUUCAUGCAUGUGCCUGAAGUGUCGUGCCAGAUGGCACACGGUAAUCAUUAGCACCAUUUUCCACUGGAAUUUUUCGUAAAAAGGAAGUUUCUUCUUAACAAAAAUCCAGUCUAUGCGAAAAACCCUGAUUGGCCUGUUUGGACUGCAACGGCUAAUCUAAGAAGAUAUUAAAGCUUAUUGAUCUAAGCCAGGUUCUCCCCGCUACUUGCUAAAAUAUAACUAUAUGUUGGUUAUUCAACAGUGUUCAGAUAUAUGCAAGUUUUAUUUCUCAUUUUCAAACUCCUUUGUUAACCUUGUUAAAAAAAUUGCUGACAGUGUUUUACUUUUUGAUGUGCUGUUUUUGUGAAUGUAUUUAAAAUUAAAUAUUAUUUUCGUAUCAGAUUUAAUGUUUAAUUAUUGGCGUGGCAUUAUUUGUGUAUGACAAUGAAUAAUGAUUCAACACCAACACUUAACAUAAUCCAUUUCAUUUUUUGCCGCAACAUUUGUGUCAGAUAUGGCAUUAAUGUUCAACUGGGUGUGCGAGUUUCAGAUAUAUCAUAUUUUGAAGUGUUUACAUCAAUUGAGUUCUUAUUCCCAGCCAUAGUUGGAGCAAUAUAGAAUAGGCAUUGUCUGUCAGUCAGUCUGUCACAAACUUCUCCAUUCUAUAUCUCAGAUAGUAUACAAGAUUUCAACAUUAAACAUUGCAUAUAAAGGUUGCGUACAUGAAGACCUUUCAGUUUAGGUUUUUUAAGCUGUUCACCAAAAGUCAUUUUCAGCUCAAAGCUUUUAAGAAAAUUAAUUUUCAUGCAACAUUUUCUCUGAUUAAAAGAAAACAAAACUUAUUAAAAUCUAUUUUAGAUUUAUCUUGUUAAGUUGGAAUUAAUUGUUUGUGUAUUAUUUAUGCACAAAUGAGUUCAAAUUUUUCUUUGGCAAUUAAUAAUGUCUGCCAGUCUUGCCUUUCAUCAACUCACAAAUGUAUGCACACCAUCACUGUCUUGUCCCUAAAUAUUGUCUACCAUUUUGUGUACAUAAAAUAUACAUAUUUUCUUUUAACUUUUUUUUUAUAAUUAUUUUGUGUAUACAAUUGCAAUAAACAUUUUGAACUUUUCACAAUGUUGAUUACCGCAUUGUAAACAACUUAUUAAACCAUUAUUAUUGUAACAAACUUGGUUAAUGUAAAGUAACCUGUGUAGUUUACGUUCACUUUGAUAUAUUGGCCGCAGUGGAUGCAAAUAAUGAAGCUUACAAAAGAAUCUCAGACGUAAAUUAUUAGAAGUUCUGUAUAUAUCAAAAACCAUAUGUGAUUGCAAAUUGACUAAUUGUAUAAGCGAACCUGUGUUAAUAACAUAGUUCUAAUUAAAUGUAUUAGUUUACGUCACAUUUUGCCUUAUCUUCACCAUUUACUACUCAGAACAUGUGUAUGAAAAUUAUUGUGUUCAUAUAAACUGAACAUUAUUUCAAAUGCUGAUUUUUGUUGCAACAUUUAUGUAAAUUGUACAUUUUCCAAUCCUUUUUCAUGUUGUGUUAUUUCUCAACUGCACAUCAGACCACUUGCCUGUUGGAAUCAAGAUUUUAAUUGGUGUGUACUUUUCAGUUUCUUCUGUGUCCAGGGGUUCUGAAAUAUUUAAAGAGACUACUUGUCCACGGACAAGUUGGACCCACAAAUUCACUUGUCCGUACCAAGGAAGUACUUGUCCGUACUUUUAAGAUAGAUAAAGGAAAAGGUCAUUACUAAUUAAGCAAAUAAUACAAGCAUACACUUUUGUUAACUUCUAUCUUAAAUUAUAAACAUAGUUAACUAGAAAAUUCACAUGAACAAAAAAUACAAGCAAGAUGUGAAUAUAAUAAGAUCACGUUUAAGUCACACAUGAUACCAUCUCGGAUAUUUAAUAAUCUCAACAUGACUAGACAAUUCACUUGAAAUAAAAUAAUCUCUGUUAAUUAUAAUUAUAUAAGUAUCCGCUAAUAAAGGAAACUCUUUAUAAAGUUUACAUUUACACACAUCGGCAACGUUUUCAAGCCAAUGAAAAUCAAUUAGCCAAGACUCAACAAAUUCUCGUUUCCGCUUGGCGUCGUAUGUUUAUCAUAUUCAUACUUGGCUUUUCUCUUCUUUUCCGACGCCGAACUGAUUUUAUCAUUGGUCUGAUUAGCGUCAUGGCAUGACGUUGAAGUGAUUGUAUUAUAUAAAAAUCCAAUGCAGGUCGUUAGAACAUUUAUGUGGCCAUUUGCAAUGUACGAAAAGUGUUAUCUAAUGUGUGAUUGGCUGUUGCUAUACACAUGUGUGCUGGUUUCUCUAUUAAAAUUGUUUUCUCAUGCGUGAUUGGCUGUUGCUAUAUAUACUCGUGGACUGGUUUACUACAUUAAAUAAUUAUUAUCGGAAAAUAACCUACCUCCAGUUUAAAAAGUGUGCCAGUCCGCAGAUUAAUCACAAGCUAUUUAUAUAAGCUUUCGUUUUGAUUUUCGGAAAAUAAAGUAGUUUCGUUCUCGAAAAAAAAUUACCACAGAAAUUUUACUUGUCCCCGGACUGUUCAGCUUUCAAAAACUGCUUGUCCGGAAGGGGAAAUUGACGACUCGGACAACUCGAACAGCAUAUUUCAGAACCCCUGGUGUCCCUUUUGUAACUUGUUAAAAGUUAUACCUAAAUGCAUCUAUAUUUUGUGUGUAUCUCAUUACCUUGCUUUGAAAUACGAAAAAAAUAAUACAGGUUUUAAGCUUAGCACAUGCCACUUUUUAUUGAAAAUAAUUUAUUUGCGUAUAUUAAUUUGGCUUUGAUCAUUAUUUAAGUAUUAGUUGCAGCUUACUUUGAUUUGAAAUUAUAGGUUUUCAUAUGCAAGAUGAGAAGGUGCUGGUUUGGGUUGUAUCUGUCUUCCAUAUUUAAACCAUUAAAUAUUAUUGAAGCUUUUUUUAUAACCUAUAUCUGCCUGACCAUAUAUCAUAUGUCCAGCAAAGUGUGAAAAUGGGUCCGAAACUAAGCUGUCAGCUACAAAGUGACGCACAGAUUGAUGGUUUCAUAAGCGGAGAGCGUGGCUCCUGACCUGACUGUACGUCUUCAAGGGCAGGUGUAAAGCUUCACGGGCAGUAUCUGGCAAAUGAUUUGUUCAUGACACAACUCGUAUAUAUCUACUGUUUUGACUUUGCAAAUUUAAACACUACUUCUUCAACUAUUGUUUAUCUUGAUAAAAGCAGCUUGAAGAGUACUUUCUUAGCUCAAAUUUUGCGACAUUUUAUGUACGUACAGUCAAGCUCCGUAUUGGCAAAAUUUAUCAUUUUCCUUUGGGAAUCAAAUACUAUCAUAGAAAAUAAUUAUUUUGGUAUGUAAAACUGAUUGUUUGCCAAAACAUGUGUUCAUUGUUAUGUCAACUUGUUUUCUUCAUGAUCACAAAUACUUUGUAUUAAGGUGUAUAAUAAUAUUGGAAUAGCUCUAUAUUGUUUUAAUAAUUGCGCAUGAUUGUAUUUAAUUUUACAUCAGCCAAAUAUAUCCACCAGAAGGAAGUAUU